AGCUACCAUUUUGGCCUUGCCCAACACUGGCCAGUCGGUCACAUUUUGUUUUGAAACGAAUUUUUGUAGAAAUUAUUUCCAAAAUGCCACCGGGAACGCAAAUUGCCAGCGAUAGCGAUAUGGAAACCGUUCUGGAGGAGUUCAAGCAGCGCCACGAGCGUCGCAAUAGCGGCGGUUCGGCCAAGUACACCUGCAGUGUGCCAAAAUGCGAUGCCACCUUCAAGCGACUGGACCAAUUGGACCGCCAUGAAUAUCAUCAUACGGGGAUUAAGAAGCACGCCUGUUCGUACGAGGGCUGCGACAAAACGUACUCCAUAGUGACACACUUGAAGCGCCACCUGAGGAGCACCCACGAGCGACCGGAGGCGGCGGCCAAGAAAACAGUGAAAUGUUCGCUCGCGGAAUGCAGCAAGAUGUUCAUUUCGGUCAGCAAUAUGACGCGUCACAUGCGCGAAACGCACGAGAGUCCACGCGUCUAUCCGUGCUCGCAUUGCAGCGCCAAGUUCUCGCAGAAACUCAAGCUGAAGCGGCACGAGAUCAGGGAGCACACACAGGAGUAUCCGUUUAGCUGUGCCAAGUGCUCGCGGGGAUUCUACCAGGAGUGGCAGUGCCAGAGCCACGAGGCCAGCUGCAAGCAGUACGAGUGCCCCGGCUGCCCCCAGAAGUUCGAGAAGUGGUCACUGUACACAAAGCACUGUCGCGACACUUUGCACGGCCGGCAGCGCCACAAAUGCGAGCGCUGCGAAUGCGCCUAUGACAAGCCCAGCGACCUGAAACGCCACAUCGAGACCAAGCACAAGGAGGCGGAGGCGGAGAAGGAGAGCUCCUCAAGCUCCGCGUUCACCUGCACAGAGGAGGGUUGCGGCAAGAGCUACUCGUAUCUGAGGAAUCUCCGCCAGCACAUGCUCACCGCCCAUUCGGGCAGGCGUUUCGAGUGCCAGGCCGUGGACUGCGGACGCUGCUUUAGCAGUGCCCAGAACUUGUCCAAACAUCUGCUCAGAGAUCACAAGGAUGGCAAGACCCAGAAGAAGACGGAGAAGAAGCAGCCGGAGGUCAAGGAACGGCUCAAGUCCAAUCCCCGCAAGCGACGUCGCGAUGCCGGGCGCAGUAAACAUUCCCGCCUGUCCAAGCUCGUCUGCCUGCAACUGGACAAGGAUGACGAGGAGGCGGUGCGCGAACGCCAGCCGUUGGCCCUGGAGAAGGUCACCCAAUCGCUGAAAGAGGAUCCCAUCGAGGAGCUGCUGGCUCAGACCCUGCACGAUGAAGAGGAAGUGGAGCAAGAGUAAGGCAAGCUUCAUAAUAAGGGAAAAGCGAAGGAAGGUUAAAUCGAAAUCAAUGAGGGAAACACUGAAAAAUAGAAUAAUAGAAAGGGGAAAAAUGCUUAUUAUAUCCAACCGAAAUGAAUCUUUCAGUCUGGAUAUAUAUGCAUAGGAUAUCAAACACUUGCGGCCAAAAAAGAACUCAAGCUUUCAUCUCUUGCGACCAGAAUGUUUUUCUGUUUAAGUAAAUGAAAACUCUUCAGGAAGUGAACUUUUUCACAGAAGCAAUUGUUAAAUAAAUCUACAGCAAAACUUAAAAAUUGCAAGAAAACAAAUUAAGAGCCCUCCUUCCUUAUUUCAAUCUUAGUUCAUGAUUGUGUAGAAAAAACUUUCUUUUUUUCCGCCAGGAGCGGAAAUGCUAAUCUCCAAAAUACUCUUCUAAAUUGUAAGUUUUAUAAGAAUCCCAUUCCCUGACUACCCUAUUAUUUAUAAACCUACAAACAUCUUAGAAAACCUAAAAGCUUUUUUUUUUUGGCAAACAUAAAUUGAAAUUAAGGCUAAAAUCCCAACUACCAGUUGCCAAAUCUUAAAAACACAUUAAUUGAAUAUGUGUAAUAAUUUCCAAUGAUUAAAAAGCUAAGAAAGUUUAAUUAGAAAUACCAAAAUUAAUUAGUUUUUCUGUGUAGUAAGUAAACCUAAAUGAAUUUAAAGUUCUUUGCAAGACCUUGAAGUAUUCAAGACAAAAAUAAAUUAAUUACCCAAU